CAGCAGAAGUGUCAACCAGCACAAAAGCGUUCAAGGUGUAUUGGUUGCUAUUGUUGGUGGUGCAUUUUGCUUCGCUCGCCCUCGGUCUCCUCGGAACCAUUUCGGAAUAGGCUCAAUUUUAUGCCAUUGCUCGCUCGCUGGCAGUAAAUUUGGUCAAGUUAAGCCCAAUAGUGGAGCGUCAGUUUUCUUUUACGCGUAAACAGUGUCCGUGGGGGAACCGAAACCGUUCAGCAGCACGAUUGCAUUCUGCGCCCGUGCGGGAGAAAAACAGCAGCACAGCUCCAGCACGCAACAGCGAGCGGGACACACCACCACCACUUGACACAGACGGGAGGCGGUCCCCGCCCAACACGGUCCGCUUUCGGCUGGCGGGGAAUGCGUUUCGUCGCGGAUACGGCCACCCGACUGACAUGAGCUGAUCGGUCCGCCAUUUUUUCCGUCUACAUCAACCCAACAACCAACAGUAGCCGAAACGAGUAGUACGGUACGCGCAAAGAUGGAAGUCGAAUUGGAAUCGGAGCGUGUCUUCCAGCCGGACUGUAGCGACAUGGGGCUGAAAACGCUUUACAACACGAACAGCGUGCUGCGCAAGAUCGCCAACCUGUACGCGGAGCGGCUGAUGUCGGACGUCACGCUGGUGGUGGGCGAAAAUCGCUACCCGGCCCACCGGAUCAUCCUGUGCGCGAGCAGCGACGUCUUCCAGGUGAUGCUGAUGAACGCGACCUGGCGCGAGUUCGGCGACGCGGUCAUCACGCUGCAGGAGGAGGAACGGUGCCAGGGCGUGUUUCCCCAGUUUCUGCGCUACAUGUACGUCGGCAAGAUGACGAUCUCGGUCGACACGGCCGUCUACAUACUGAAGCUCGCGGACAAGUACAACAUCCACGAUCUCGUGCAGAUCUGCAUCAACUACAUGAAGCUGCACCUGAACAAGGCGACGGCGAAGGGCCACUUCGUCGAGUGGCUGCACAACGCGCUGCAGAUCUGCCCGGGACGGAAGGAUCUGAUCUCGAUGCUGGAAAACUACCUGAAGUGGAACCUCGAGCGGAUCGUGUCGUACCCGGGGUGGGAGCAGCUCAGCCCGGGCCUGAUGAACUGGCUGCUGCAGCAGAACGAUCUGGUCGUGCGGAGCGAGUUCCGGCUGUACGAGCUGGUGGAGGUGUGGUUCCGCUACCAGCGCGCGCAGAUUGAGGGCCGGUGCGAGAUGCGCGAGCAGGACCGGGAGAGCGCCAUCAACAAGCUGAUCCACGGCGUGCUGGUGCACAUCCGGUUCGCGAUGAUGAGCCUGCCGCAGCUCGCGAACGUGCUGAUGAGCGGCGCGUCCGUCCGGAUGCUGAAGGAGUUCUACGUCGGCCGGGUCGCGGACGGCAUGAACUUCCACUCGCACCAUCUCGAGAUCGUCGGCGCGAUACGGGCGAGCGAGAUGGGCGAGCUGCAGUUUACGCCGCGGCUCUACUCGAGCGACCUGUGGAGUCUCGAGAUUGCGGUCGACUAUUUUCACCGGGUGGAAAAGUACUCCAGCGUCGCGUCGGUCUUCUUUACGCCCACCAGCUUUAGCGACGUGGACGAGGAAAGCAACGGAUGGGAUGUGGAAUUUUUCCCGCUCGGCGUGCGGUACAAGCCGGCACAGCUGAUCGGCAUCUACAGUGCGGCCACCAACCGGGAAAUACCGGAAUGCAUCAUACGCACGGUGCGCUUGAGAAUCACCAGCCAGUCAGCGAUGCGAACCGAGUGCCGAUACAUGGUCGGUGUGCUGAUCUGUGGCAUGAUGAACGACGAAGAGUACGUGCGCCACUGUCACGUCCGGGUGGCAUACUUCUCCAGCGAUCAUCGCGUGCUGAACAUCGACAACCUGAUACCGAUCGGGGAGCUGCAGAUGGGUACGCGAAAGUACAGCCAGUACAUGGUCGGCGAGGAGCAGAACACGAUCAGGAUAAAGGUCGUGAUCGUACCGCUGAACCGUUUCUCCAACGUGUUCGCACCACCGUCGGAGUGAAGCGACCAGACGCGCGGCAAGCUACGCUAGGGCAAGGAUGGACUUUGGUUUAGAAGCAAACGAGAGGAUUUCAUAGUUUGCGUCGUGUUGUUGAAAAAACGGCCAUGCAUUUCUUUUUAAAAUCCUCUACUAAUUUACACUUUGUGCUGUAUCGAAACGUAAUUUGGAACUUCGACAAAAUUCAUUACAAGACGGGGGAAAAGCUGUCUUUAUUUUUGUUUUUGGCUUUCUUUGAGUUAAAAAUUUUGAAUUUGAACUGAAACUAUGUUGUGCACUGUUAUUCUUCUUUGCGACCACGAUUGCCCUGGAAUGGCAUUAUUUUCCUUACUCUUGUAACACAUUGGAACGUAAAUAGAACUGUAGUUAGUGUAAACCAAA